UUUUUUUUUUUUUUUUUUUUUUUUUUUUUUUUAUUUUUCUCUCUUUAUUUCUCUCUUUACUUCUUCUCUGUUGUUUUUCCUUUUCUGCUUCUUGUCUUCCUUUCUUCGUUGGAUCUCUCUUCGUCGUCCUCAGUUCCAAACACUCGUCGUCCGUUUGUUAUUUGUCGCCCUACGCAAAUAUUUUUUUUCCUUUGGCGGAAGUCACCAUUCCUCCUUGAGACGACUGUCAGCUCGAGUGUUAGGCACCUCGAUUGUCCUUUUCAUCUGCUCGAGAGAAUUCUGACCUAUUUUACUCUCUUCUGGAGCCGCCAUCCUCACUAUGCGUUGCCAGUUACAAGCGCGAUCCCAAAUAACGUUAGGCUGAGAAACAUACCUGUUCUUCCAUAGCGGAAACCCACUUUUUUUUUUCUCACGUCCCGCCACCGUCCUCCGCCCCCGGCCCCGCCUCCGCCUCCGCCUCAGCCGCCCGCCGCCCGCCGCCACUAAGGAAUCCCGCCUUCUGGUCUCCUGCAGCUACUCUGCGCGCACUUCCCAACGGGAAUUAUCUCUAUCUGAUAUUCGACGAACCACUAAAGCCCUACAGCAUCAUACAGCACGUGCAUCAAGUUUUGUGCAUCUAAGUAUAGUUAAAAUUCCCGCCCAUUCAAUCCAGUCAUGUCGAACAAAGAACCGCCUAUUCCUCUGGCCUUGAAGACUUCAGUUGACCCAAGCGCUUCACAUCUGUCACCCCUAAACCCUUCAUCUGCGCUAACGCCCCCUUUAACACCAAUAACACCCACUGAUAUUCAAGAAUCGACUGGUGGCCAAAGAACGCAGGAUAGACAAUUACCUGGUCAGAAGGCGUCGGAUGAUGGGAAGAUUGAAGGACAGCAGACUAAAUUGCCAAAGCAGCCGCUAUUACCCUUGGAAUUUACCUAUGACUUAGAAUUCCAGAGGGAUUCAGGAGGCAAUCUCAUCGAAUACGGCAGCGGCGUUUGGAGUGUUGUGUAUAGCGCCACAUCCCGCUGGAUUCCCACAACACAAGACUCCCCGCUAACUCCACCCCCACCCCAACAACAUGUAUCGACAUCAAGUUCAACCCCUAAUCUUGCCGUUAAGGUACCCGUGCGGCAGGAUGCGCAUUCCAUCCUACGCGCAGAAGCACGACUUCUUUCGCGCCUCUGUAGAAUCCCUGGCGCUGAACAUUACGUAGUCCCCUUCCAUGGGUUUAUAUCUGCAUCGCAUUCCCUUGUCCUAUCGGCCCUCCCACUGAGUCUCUCAGCAUAUAUCAGCAGUCAAGCCGUCUCCGCGCGACAAGUAUUCUCAACAAAAACGAUGUUUGAUCCCGUCCUCGGCAUGCCCCGGUGGCUCACGCUCGCAAGGGCGCUGGUCCGCGGCCUGGAAUGGCUGCAUUCAUGCGGCCAUAUUGUCCACGGCGACAUCAAGCCGCAAAAUAUACUACUGAGACCUCUAAGAAAACUAGCCAGCGAUUGCGCCAAGGAAGAUGAGGAUCCAUUUCCAUACGAACCCCUUCACGUAGAUUUCACAUCCUCAUAUGACCCAUCGACCCCCAUCGAACCUAGCCCCCAGGGACCCAGCCCCUGGCUAUCGGCCUUGACACCACCCUUUGCAGCACCGGAACUGCUCACAGUCCAAUCUCUAAAGGCCACCGACGUUGUCCAAUCCAAGGCCUCGGACGUGUUCUCUUUAGCUGUCACGCUGCUCGCGGCUGUCACUGGUGACUUGCUGCUGUAUCCCGGGUCAAGCAAUAUGCAGCGGUUAGCCAUGUCGAGGGAGGGUCACCUUGUCUUGGACCAUGUUAGGUCCGGCGUGCAUGGCUCGAGGCUGCCCCUAGGGGGUGUUGUGGAAAAGAUACUCUCUCCGGCGGUUGUGAAGGAUCCCGAGACUAGAAUUAAGCCGACUGACUGGCUCCGGAUAAUUGAUGAUUGCAUGGUAGCUGAGGGGCUGCAGAAGUGACAUGUUCGCCCCCCGUUUUAUUCAUUUUCAUUUUUACUUUCGAUUUUCGUUUCUUCGAAACCAUGCUUGUUGAUGAUUGAUAGUCGGCAAAAUGAAAGAGAAAAUGGAGGGGAAAACAAAGAAUAACGAUACCCAAAGGGUUCUGCGUUAGGAGAGAGUGGUAGCUUGGCUAAUUUUUGCGUGUUAAAUCGCAGGUUAUCCUCAGUUGCCCUUCCGAAAACCAGAACCACAAAGCUGAUAUCUAACUACUUCAUGUGGUUUGUGGUUGAUUUUAUUUUUAUUUCAUGAUUUACUUUCUAUGCAUACCUAUAGUAACUUCUCUAUACAAUUAUUCUUUAUUUCUUUAUUUCUUUAUUUCUUUUCUUCUUUAUUUUUUUUAUUUUUUUU